AGAGAGAGAGCCCUGGAGGGGAAUGUGGCUGGAAGUCGGGGCCGUGCUGCGGGGGACCGGUGGACCGCUGGGCAGGACUGUUGGUCUGCCCUGUGGGGCCCUGGGGCCUAGGCCCCACUGGUGGGGACCAUGUGGGAGUUGUUGGGCCCAAAGCAUUCAUCAAGAUGGACCUGGAAGAGGCCUGAGUGAGGAUGACAUUCGCAGGGCGCGGGAGGCCCGGCUCAGGAAGGCGCCCAGACCCCAGCUGAGUGAUCGCUCUCGAGAACGCGAGGUGCCUGCCUCCCGCAUCAGUCGCUUGGCCAGCUUUGGGGGGCUGGCCGUGGGCUUGGGGCUGGGAGUGCUGGCUGAGGUGGCCAAGAAGUCCCUGCCAGGAGGAAGUCUGCAGUCAGAGGGCAGCUCGAGAAUGGGCUCCAGCCCUUUGCUUUCAGAGGCCAACGCUGAGCGGAUCGUACGGACCUUAUGUACAGUACGGGGGGCUGCCCUCAAGGUUGGCCAAAUGCUCAGCAUCCAGGACAAUAGCCUUAUCAGCCCUCAGCUGCAGCUCAUCUUUGAGAGGGUCCGCCAGAGUGCUGACUUUAUGCCCCGCUGGCAGAUGCUGAGAGUUCUAGAAGAAGAGCUGGGCAAGGACUGGCAGGCCAAGGUGGCCUUUUUGGAGGAAGUGCCCUUUGCUGCUGCCUCCAUUGGGCAGGUGCACCAAGGCAUGCUGAGGGAUGGGACCGAGGUGGCCGUGAAGAUCCAGUACCCGGGUGUUGCCCAGAGCAUCCAGAGCGACGUGCAGAACCUGUUGGCAGUGCUCAAGAUGAGUGUGGCCCUGCCAGAGGGCCUGUUUGCUGAGCAGAGCCUACACGCCUUACAGCAGGAGCUAGAGUGGGAGUGUGACUACCGCAGAGAAGCAGCUUGUGCCCAGAACUUCAGGAAGCUCUUGGCUGAUGACCCCUUCUUCCGGGUGCCAGCUGUGGUUCAGGAGCUCUGCACCACACGGGUACUGGGCAUGGAGCUGGCUGGAGGAAUCCCUCUGGACCAGUGCCAGGGCCUGAGCCAGGACAUCCGAAACCAGAUUUGUUUCCAGAUCCUGAGGCUGUGUAUGAGGGAACUGUUUGAGUUCAGAUUCAUGCAGACAGAUCCCAACUGGGCCAACUUCCUGUAUGACGCCUCCAGCCACCAGGUGGUGAAGGCCGCUGCAGAUGGAGACAGAGACCGAGUCCUGAAGAAAUCUCAGGAUCUCAAAUUCCUCACAGGCUUUGAAACCAAGGCAUUCGCUGACGCCCACGUGGAGGCAGUGAUGAUCCUGGGGGAGCCCUUUGCUGCCCCAGGCCCCUAUGACUUUGGGGCGGGAGAUACUGCCCGCCGCAUACAGGGCCUCAUCCCAGUGCUGCUUCGGCACCGGCUGCGCCCACCGCCUGAGGAGACCUACGCCCUGCACCGCAAGCUAGCGGGGGCUUUCUUGGCCUGUGCCCGUCUCCAUGCCCACAUCGCCUGUCAGGACCUCUUCCAAGACACCUACCACCGCUACUGGGCCACGCCAGACACAGUCACUGCCAGCAGCCUCCUGACCAGAGGGACCUCCCUGCGGACCCCACCGUGCCAGCUUCCAUCCGGGAAUUGCAACUGCACAGUGGGCGGUCCUCUGCUGUGGCUCCUCCUGUCCCCUCCCCCUGUGUCCACGGCUCAGAGCCUAGCUCCUUGGAUCUUGGGAACUGGGGCUAGAGAGCUCUCAGCGUCACUGCUGCGCCCUAUCCACAGUGGGCAUCCUGGAACUCUAGAGUGGGAGUAGUUCAGCUGGUUACUGCCAGCACCUAAGGGAACCCUCGCCCCUUCACGCCUUCUCAUCUGGAGGGGGCACCCCUCGGCCCCAGGAUCCUGGGCGAGGGGAGACGGUGGUUGUUGGAAGCAGCCCUCACCUCUGCCACCCCUCACUCCUCCACCAGCUGCCUUCUUCCCGGGUUCCAGCCUAUAUUGGACAGUGGGGGUGGGUGCUGAUCCUUCCCUCCGAAUAAAGACACCCCUUCCCUUCC